AUGAUAUCAUCUAAAGUGAAAUUAGUAAGCUCAGAGGGAGAAGAAUUUGAAGUAGAUAUAUGUGUAGCUACAGCUUCUACAUUAAUACGCAAUAUGAUUGAAGAUGUUGGGUCUGAGGAUCCAAUUCCAUUACCAAAUGUCCGAAGUGAUGUUCUUAGAAAAGUCAUCGAAUAUUGUAAGCAUCACGUAAAUAAUCCAGCUAAAGAAAUCCCAAAACCACUAAGAAGCAAUAGUUUAACACAUAUAGUUUCUCCUUGGGAUGAAGAAUUUGUUAAUAUUGAACAAGAAUUACUGUUUGAACUUAUGCUGACUGCUAAUUAUAUGGAUAUUAAGCCAUUAUUAGAUCUUGUAUGUGCAAAAGUAGCUACAAUGAUAAAAGGAAAGAAAGCCGAAGAAAUUCGUCAGAUUUUUAAUAUACAAAAUGAUUUUACUCCUGAAGAGGAGGCAGCUGUUAGAGAAGAAAAUAAGUGGUGUGAAGAACCUUAG